AACUCUUUCUAUCUUUAUUGUCCAUACCAUAGCUUAGUCCCUGUUGAAAAUGGAUAUUCAUAAUAAAAUUUUUUUUUUUUCCCUUCAUCAACGACAUUCUGUGCAUUCGCUUUUAUAAACACACAUCAUCAACAGAAGAUCCGAACCGGACGUGAGUCACCCGGGACCCAUUGAUUCCUCCAUUUCAAGGAAUAUAAAGGGCUCUCCCAGCUCUUGCCUCUAUUCUCCUCCGUUACCAGGGUCGUCGUCGUCUUCGUCUUCGUCGUCUUCCUCAUCAUCAUGACUGAGCCUUUGCUUCCAAGCUCCGUUCUCCCACCUCAACAAAGACAAGUCGAUUCCUCCUCUCACGUGCAUACCCUCCCGCCUGUCUCCAUGAGAUUCAGGUCUAAUUAUGAGGUUGCAGAGCUAACCUGGGAAAAUGGCCUGCCAAUCAUGCAUGGGCUCCUACCAACCGCCCACCAAAAGCCCGCAUGGAUAAGGGCCCAUGAUACCCUGGAGUCCAUUGUUCAUCAAGCUACAUGCCGACGUCAAAAGUCAAAUUUCACGAUGCCACAGGAUCAUACCCCAACCAGCAUAAGCUCCGCCGUUGCACCCUCCGGCAGCACAGCAAUGCCGCCUGGGAGAUCGGGCCUAGCACAAUCGGAGCCGACACUGGCAAGGAAGCGCCUACGGUCGGAUUCCGCCUAUCUUGGGAAUGGUUUAGAAGAAUGUGAACCCAGCAGUGGCUGUUGUGCUGGUGUCAGCAGGCACUUGAAGAGAAGUAAAACACUUGAGGACGAUUCCCCUUCUCACUGUGAAUCGGAAAACCAAGACCUAGAAGAAGACAGAGACACCAAGGAAGAAACAGGCCGCUCCAACUCAACAAGAGGAAAUAGAGCCGCGGCUAUUCAUAACCAGAGUGAGCGGAGACGAAGGGAUAGAAUUAAUCAGAAAAUGAAAGCUUUGCAGAGGUUGGUGCCCAACGCCAGCAAGAACGACAAAGCUUCAAUAUUAGACGGAGUAAUUGAGUACUUAAAGCAGCUCCAAGCACAGAUACAGAUGAUGAGUAUGAGAAACAUGCCCCAGCAGAUGAUGAUGAUGAUGAUGCAACAACAGCUUCAGAUGUCUAUGCUGGCCAGAAUGGGCCUUGGACUGGGCUCAAGCUCAGGCCAAGGCCCAGGGUUGGGCCUGCUUAACACCAAUGCCAUCAUGGCUCCACGCCCACCAGUUCUUCCUUCUCUUCCACAACUCUCAGUUGCAGCUCCUCCUAUUACUCCUUCCCUCAUGAUGUCUCCAUUGGUUCAAGCCCAUGCUCCUCUUCCGGAGCCUGAACCCUCAUCUGCAGCUCCCUCCAAUGCCUCAGUUUCUUUGCCUGAUCCUUUUACAACUUUUCUUUCACAACCAGUUAAUAUGGAUAUUCUCAGCAACAUGGCGGCGCUUUACCGGCAACAUAUGAGACAGAACAACCAGAGCAUGGGCAGCCUGUCCCAACAACAACAUCAUGGACAAAGGAAUUGAGAAGAAACCAGAAAUGCUGCUUUCUGAGAAGGUAAACACGUCAAUGAUGAGGGAAACAAAUAAUUGUACAUACACUCAGCAAGCAAGUUUAAAAAUGUAACCUUGGCUAUAUUCUCUCUCGUGUUGAUAUAUUAGACUGUCGCUUCUAUAUGUAAAUCAGCUGAAUUAGUUAAGCAGUUUUGUUCCUCUAAUUAUUUCACUAAAGACCCGGAGCAGGUCAGUGGCAGAACCAGAACAUCCAGUUGUGAGUUCAAACAUUCAAAUAUGACUUUUCAUGAGGCUUAAGGGGUUCAGAGUUUGUGGAGAAUGUGAGGACAGAUCUAAAUUCUCAACAUUUAACAAGCAAGUACUCUUAUCAAGGCAAAAGAAAGUAAAUUCAAGUGUACACAUCUAAAGAGAUGGAAAGAAAUGAGAAGUGAGUGAAGACCAAAAAUAAGCAUCAGGCAUCUAUUCUGUGGGUUACACUAAUUAUCAUUUGGGUUUUGGGGAAAAAAGCCCAGGCCAGUUUUAUGUUUGGUGAUUGAUUUUGGGAUGUAACUUGAACCUGUAAUUAAUUCUGUAAUAUUUAGGGCUAGAUAUCUGUAAACUGAUUACUGGGGUUGAAUUUUAGGAUGAGUCAUGGAUUUCUUCCUAGAAACUUUCUUCUUUCAAAUAGAUGAUGUAGUAUUGCAAAAUCAAGUUAUAGUAUUCAUACCUUGGAUGUAAUUUCUAAAUUGAAUUAUGUUGUUCUUAGCUUUAUGAAUAAUAUACUUUUUUUUUAAAU